AUGGCGUGGUCUGCUAUAAAGCGCAGACAAUUGGAGGAUGAUUUUGGCUCCUUUGAGUUUCAGUUUCAGACCCAGAAGAGGAUAAGGUCGUCUAGGGUUUCUGAGACCCAACGGAAUGUAGCCGUUGAGGAAAAGUCGACCGUUGGUCUUCCUCUGCGCGAGGGUUUGGCUUCGUCUGCUACAAAAAAUGCCGAACAGAAUCAGAAGAUCUGGGUUUUGAUGAAAUCUGUCAGACCCAGAAGAGGAAGAGGUCUUCUAGGGUUUCUGAGACCCAACGGAAUGUAG